AUGAAAGCUUCAACAACUAUUUCUUCAUUAGCUUUAUUAGCUUCAACCACUUUAGCUGCUUUACAAAACGUUUCAUUAUUUGUUGCAUCUGAUGAUAAAACUCUUAACGGUAGUGGUGUCUCUGCUCCUCAUGAAGGUGCAGGUAUUGGAUACCUUUUCAUUGGAACUGAUGGUGGAUACUUUGCCACUGCUAAUACUGUUCCAUUAGUUUAUGAUACUGUUGCUGAAUCCUUAUAUUGGUGGUCAACUCCUCAAAUCAAACAAGGUUUCUCAACUUUUACUAAUACUCAAAAUGGUAUUUCUGUCGUUGAAUUAAUUGUUGGUGAUUAUAGUGGUGUUACUUUUGAAAAUGGUUAUUUAGCUUAUGAAGGUUCAACUGCUGGAUUUUAUGCAUUAGGUAACAUUAGUGAUCCAUAUGAUUAUUCUAAAUUUGCAUUAGCUGUCGUGAAAGAUGUUGAUGCUUCUCCAGAAGGUGGUAUUCCAAUUUCUCUUACUGCUGUAUUUGAAAGU